AUGGCGCAAAACCGGCUCUCAGUAGUCAUUAUCGGCGGAUCUCUCACCGGGCUCAUGCACGGGAUCAUGCUUCAUUCGCUAGGCUACAACAUUCACAUACUCGAGCAGAGCCCAUCGCCAUCACGGAGUGAUCACGCUGCCGGCAUAACCGCUCAACCUCAAGUCGUCGAGUACUUCCGGCGCCAUGGUUUCUCCAAAGACGCUUGGUCAAUUCCUUGUCCUGCUGUCCAAUUUCUUGGCCCCAAAGCCACGAUCAAGCGGACCAUCAAAAAGCCUUUAGACAUGACAAGUUGGAAUGUCUUGUAUAACCAAUUGAAAGGGAAGCUUGAGUCUCUACAGAAGGAAAACCCAGGCGAGAAGGCGAGGAUAGGUGCAGGACCAACAGCCACGUGGAGUUUUGGCAGACGCGCCAUGGAUGUAGCUUACGAUGGAAACAACGUGAAGGUCGAGUAUGAGGAUUUGGCACAAGGACAACGGGGAAUCCUCAACGGUGACCUUGUGCUCGUCGCUGAUGGCGCAGGGUCCACUAUCCGCCGGAAUCUUCUGCCUGCAACGGAACGAAGUUAUUCUGGAUACGUGGCCUGGAGGGGUACUGUGACAGAAGCCGACGUCUCCGAUCAGACAAGGAAGAUCUUGGAUUCUCGGCUAACCUACUUCGCUAUGAAGAAAAGUUAUAUUCUUUGCUACAUCAUCCCUGGAGAGACUGGUAGCUUCGAGCCUGGCAAGCGCCGCUUGAAUUGGGUAUGGUACUGUAAUCACCCGCCCGACUCUCCAGAACUUGCCGAAAUCAUGACGGACUGCGACAAUCAUCGACAUCGCAAUACUCUUCCCGUGGGAAAGAUGCAUACAGAGGUCUGGAACAAGCAAAAAGCACACGCCGCCAAUGUCAUGAAUGAACCCUUCCUCGAACUGAUCAACAAGACCAGUAAACCCUUCGUCUCGACAGUGGGCGACACCAUCCCAGAACGUGCCUCUUUCUUUGACGGUAAACUCCUGCUUGUAGGCGAGGCGUUAGCGCUGAUUCGACCACAUUUGGCGUUGAGCACGAAUCAGAGUGCCUUACACUGCUUGCAGCUGGAGAAGGCUUUGAAGGGAGAAAUGACAAUCGCGCAGUGGGAACGGAAGGUGCUCCAGUACGCCGCAAGAAGCCAAGCAAUGACGAAUGCAUUCGGUACGUGGUUUCAGUAUGGAGGCUUGACUUUCAUGCGGAAUCUGCUCAAAUUUUGUUGGACCUUGAUUGUUCAGGCGCUCAGUAAGAUUUGGUCGAUCUGA